AUGUACUUCAGUAAACGGAUCGGCGAUGUUGCUUUGAAAACGGUACGUGAGCGACGAGCCAAUCCUUUUGUCGAUUACAUCAGAGACCUGAGCAAGAGAAAACCGUUGCAGCAUUCUUAUCCGGCUGAUUUGCUCAAUAAAUACGAAGCGGAAUUGAAGCAAUUACCUCCUUACGUCUACGCUGGUUUCGACCCUACUGCAGAAAGCCUUCAUGUUGGAAACCUUUUAAUUCUCGUAAAUUUGAUUCGUUGUCAACAGUUUGGUUUGCGUCCGAUUGCCUUAAUUGGAGAGUUUACUGCCAGCAUUGGUGACCCGAGUGGGAAGAAAUCAGAGCGCGAUCUUCUCGGUGAAGACGUUGUUAUUCAUAAUUCGAAAAAAGUCUCUGAGCAAAUUCGGAAUGUUUUUGCUAACACUUGCAGAAGCAGUGAACCCCCAAUCGUUGUCAACAAUAAUGAUUGGCUCGGAAAGAUUUCUCUUCGAGAUUUCUUCAGAGAAUGUAAAAGUAUGCAAUUAGGAAAGAUGCUGAGAAUGAAAACAAUCAAAAGCCGCUUGGAAACUGGCUUAUCCUACACCGAAUUCAGCUACCAAACCAUGCAAGCAUAUGACUGGUAUACUCUAUCCGAGAAGUUCGGCUGUCGAUUUCAGCUAGGAGGAUACGAUCAGCUCGGACACCUCGACUUUGGAGCACACUAUAUCAAAAAAAGAGGGAAUCUAUCUGAUAAUAGGUUUGCUGCAGGUGUAUGCUUUCCUAUCCUCACGGAUUCUGCUGGAAAUAAACUUGGGAAAUCCGAAGGUGGCGGUGCACUCUGGCUGGACCCGGUCAAAACAUCACCGUUUCAUUUCUAUCAGUUCUUCGCCCAACUCCACGAUGAUAAGGCGGAAGAGCUUUUACUUCUUUUCAGUCUUCGGGGAGUAGAGGAUCUCGAAGAGUUAUUGCAGAACCAUAGGAAUAAUCUCGGAAAAUGGAUUGCUCAAAAAGAAUUGGCGAUGGAAGUGACGAAAAUGGUUCAUGGAGAAGAUGGACUGGAUUCAGCAUUAAGAUGUACAAAAGCAAUGUUUGGGAGCAAGAAGGCAGAUCUGACAGGAUUAUCCAGAAGUGAGAUUCUCAAACUUUUCCGAACAACUAUCGAUCUUAAAAAGGAAGAUAUUUCUUCAAUGGGAGAUCUAGCGAACGUCACAAGACAAGGAAAUGGAAAAGGAUACCUGUUAAUGCAGAAGGGAGCGUUUUCCGUUAAUGGUACGAAGAAGGUAAACCCUGCUGAAUCGAUUGAGGGAGUAUCGUCAUCUUUGCCUGCACUCACAGACCUCACUCUCGUCUGUUGGGGCAAACGCGAUUAUCGAUUGAUGGCUGAUACACGCGAACUUCCCGUUUUCGCCUACAUCGACGAUGUCAAACAGCUCCAGGAGCUUCGUCAAUACUUGAACAAGCACGAAAGUGUCAAACUUGAUCCCACCGGACCGGCAGAGACGGCGAAGAACUUGGUGGAAAUCUGCUCAACACUUCACGUUCUCCCGUCAUGGUCGCAAGACGUAGACCUCGUUCUCAACUCGAUCUCCUCUCUGAUUGUUGUUGUACCCGGAGAAAAAUGCGAGCCAGUCGUUGAGGAAUUCAUCAAAAAUGUCUCCCCAAAGUUCUACAAAGGAACUGGCUGGGGAAGUCACGCCGGAAUCGCGGUUAGAGUUUUAUCCAACUUGUACAAAGGAUAUUCGAACUUCCAUACUGUGCAAGAGAAGAUUUUAAUGGCUCUUGUUGAUAUGUGCGCCGAAGCCAGGCUCAUUGGAGAACUUGAAUGCAAUCUCGAAACUCUCAAUGACAGAUUCAACACUUGGGAGACUCCAGUUGAAGGCCAGCGAGAAAUCUUGAGAGCUGUUCACCGAGCUCUUCUCGCCGAUCAAAGAGCCGAUCAAGCAGCGAAGGUUAUGACUGCAUUGUUGGGAACAUACACUGAAAAGGAUGCGGCCACAGCACGAGAUGAUGCUAUGGAAUGUGUAAGAACUGCUGUUGUCGAUCCAAAAUCGUUCUCAUUCGAUCAUUUGGAGAGACUCAGCGCCGUCAAGGCGUUGAAGACAUCUGAUCCACUGAUGUUCAAUGCCCUCGAGCUUUUCAUCUCCGGAACUCUCAAAGAUUACCAAGCAUUUGUUGCCAAAAAUCCAAAGUUUGUCUCGGAAUAUUUGAAAGUAGACGAAGCGAUUCUCCUCAAGAAAAUCCGUCUUCUGACCCUCAUGUCUCUAGCGGAAGAGAAAAAUGAAAUCAAAUUAGACGAGUUGGCGAAACAACUGGAUAUUCAUGGAGAUGAGACACUCGAGGAGUUCGUGAUCGACGCAAUUCAGGUCAAUGCCAUAUCCGGAAAGAUUAAUGAGAUGGCAAACACUCUUGUUGUCAGUUCUUACCAGCACAGAAGAUUCGGAACAGAGCAAUGGGUUCUUCUUGAGAAACGUCUCAAAGUCCUUAUCGCCAACUUGAAGCAGACACACAACAAUGUCCACGACGUCAAUCAGAGAAUUGAGGCUCUCUAA